AUGUCACCUAAUCUUUUCGAACCCCUCCAAAUCGGGCAAACAUCCCUAUCCCACCGCGUGGUAAUGGCCCCUCUAACGCGCCUACGUUGUGAUUCAAACCACGUCCCCCUCCCAAUAUCAAAGACAUAUUACGAGCAACGUGCCUCAGUGCCAGGAACACUUCUUAUCGCCGAAGCGACAUUAAUCUCCCCGUCCAGCGGCGGAAUCCCCAACGGGCCCGGCAUAUACACCGAAUCCCAAAUCCAAGCCUGGAAAGGAAUCACAGAUGCCGUGCACGCCAAGGGCAGCUACAUCUACUGCCAAUUUGUCGCACUUGGACGGGCAGCCGAUCCAACCACCCUGCAGAAGGAAGGCGGGUACGAAGUUUUUGCGCCGAGCGCUAUCCCACUCCCCGGACAAGCCGAAAACGCUGCGCCCCAGGAGUUGAGCGAGGAGCAGAUCCGGGGUAUUAUUCGGGAAUUCGGGGUUGCGGCGAAGAAUGCUAUUCGGGCUGGAUUUGAUGGGGUUGAGGUUCAUGGUGCGAAUGGGUAUCUGGUGGAUCAGUUCUUGCAAGAUAUCUCGAAUCAGCGACGUGAUCAGUGGGGUGGGAGUGUUAAGAACCGCGCCAGAUUUGCAGUGGAGGUUGCUGAGACGCUGGUUGAAGCUGUUGGGGCUGACCGUGUCGGAUUCCGUCUUAGUCCGUGGAACACCUGGCAGGGAAUGAAGAUGGAUGAUCCCGUGCCUCAGUUUGCAUACCUUGUUGAGCGGUUGAAGGGGCUUAAGCUUGCUUAUCUUCAUCUCAUUGAGUCGAGGGUCAUUAACAACAUUGAUUGUGAAAAGGCCGAAGGGAUUGAGUUCCUUUUGGAUAUUUGGGGGAAGACUUCUCCCGUACUUGUUGCUGGUGGGUACAAGGCCGACAAUGUUGAUGCUGCUUUCGAGGAAUAUCAGAGUAAUGAUGUUGCUGUUGUAUUUGGACGGUAUUUCCUUGCGAAUCCCGAUUUGCCUUUCCGGUUGAAACAUCAGCUUCCGCUGAACAAGUAUGAUCGGGAUAGUUUCUAUGCGGCCAUGCAGGAGGCUGGAUAUGCGGAUUAUCCAUUCAGCGCAGAGUUUUUAAAGAGUGGGCGUUGA